AAUCAAUAUUAUCAUUUUGACAUCGUAAGAGAAGGAAAGUUAAAGAUAUCAAAUUUAUUUAUUUUCUCCUAAUCGUAAUUGUUCUUCAAAAUUGUGAAGAAAAAAAUCGUAAUGGUUGAAUUGUAGGAUCAUCCAGUGGACAAUCAACAGCAAAAGAUUCGGCUGCUUUCUCUGUCGUUUACCGUCAAUCUUCGUCUUCUCUCUCAAUUUCCGAGCAUUUCUGCACAACGAAGGAUAGUAUUGGUUUCGAUUUUUGAAGCGGUUUGAGUGUAAUUCAGAGGAGACACUAAAGGCAAAAGGAUCACCGUUCUUGUCCCGGAUUCUGUUUCCUGUUCUUUCUAGAUGACGAAGAAACAUAGGAAUGGGGAAAUCUCCGAAUUCGAGCGGGAAUUAUCCGGCGGAACUGGCGGAGGAAGAGCUGUUGGAGAUGUAAUUCUUGGAAUUGAUGGAGGAACGACCUCCACCGUCUGUGUUUGUGUUCCUUUUCUCCAUCCUCACUCUCUUCAUCUUCCUGAUUCUCCUCCUCUUCUUGCCCGAGUCGAAGCCGGCUGCUCCAACCAUAACAGCGUCGGCGAAACUGCUGCGAGGGAAACGUUGGAGCAAGUAAUGGCUGAGGCUCUUUCAAAAUCAGGUUCGGAUCUGUCUGCAGUUCGAGCUAUUUGUUUAUCUGUUUCUGGUGUAAACCAUCCAACGGAUCAGCAAAGGAUUUUGAAUUGGUUCAGAGAUAAAUUUCCUAGCCAUGUCAAACUUUAUGUUCGAAAUGAUGCUGCGGCUGCUCUGGCAAGUGGUACCAUGGGAAAGCUUAGUGGUUGUGUUCUAAUUGCUGGCACUGGGAGCAUUGCUUAUGGAUUUACGGAUGAUGGAAGAGAAGCUCGAGCAGCUGGUGCAGGACCAAUCUUGGGUGACUGGGGAAGUGGGUAUGGCAUAUCAGCGCAGGCUUUAACUGCAAUUAUAAGAGCGCAUGAUGGUCGUGGUCCUCAAACGAAGCUCACAAAUAGCAUUCUUCAGACUCUUGGUCUUUCUUCUGCUGAUGAACUCAUUGGGUGGACAUACGCAGAUCAAUCUUGGGCUCGCAUUGCUGCACUUGUUCCUGCUGUUGUGUCAUGUGCAGAAGCAGGGGAUGAAGUUGCAAACAAUAUCUUGCAAGAUUCAGUUAAGGAAUUAGCUCUAAGCGUGACUGCCGUUGUUCAAAGACUUGGAUUGUGUGGUUCAGAUGGAAAGGGUUCUUUUCCCCUUGUCAUGGUUGGUGGAGUUCUCGAAGGAAAUAAGGGAUGGGGUAUAGCGCAAGAAGUAAUAAACUGCAUUUCCAAGGACUACCCUGGGGUAGUUCCCAUUUGGCCUAAGGUGGAGCCAGCAAUUGGGGCUGCAUUGUUAGCGUGGAAUUUCUUGAAAGAUUCUCAACAAGAAUAAGGCUUUUAAAAAGAGGCCGACAAAUAUUCAUAAGUUGCCAUGAGUUGUACAGAAUCAAAGUUGAAAGCGCUGACCCCAGAAUUCUAAUGGGGAAGAAGAAAAGAAAAGCUCCUGUGAAUGAGCUAUUUCAGAUCUUGGUAUGAUGGUAGGAGAUUUACUAACCUAGUUUGUGUCAUUUUUCUAAAAUUUUCAUUGGGUGAUUGAAAAAAGAAAUGCUGCACAUCAGUUGCUUAAUAGAGGAUGUGUUUAAAUUAAUUCCAACGUUAAUGCAUGAUUUUAGUGCAUUUGCUGCAAUGGCUUGUGCUACUAUCAACCUGAAAGCAAUUCUCCUUUCUUUUUUUGAUUU